AUGAAUCCCCUGCUCCGUGCAGUGGCUUUCUCCAUGACGCCGCAGCCGCAGGCCAUCGGGGAACCCGAGAAGGAGAAGCCCGCACCACCGCAACAGAAGCCCGAGAAGGAGAAGUCCGCACCACCGCAAAAGAAGCCCGAGAAGGAGAAGUCCGCUCCACCGCAAAAGAACCCCGAGAAGGAGAAGCCCGCACCGGAAAAGAACCCCGAGAAGGAGAAGCCCGCUUCUUCCCAGCAGAAGCCCGAGAAGGAGAAGCCCGCCAUCACCCGGAAGGAGGGCGACAUAUGGUGGGAGGAAACUUUGGGAAAGGCUUGUCGCCAGACGAAGAAGGGCACGGAUGUUUCCGGGCAACCGAGCCUGAAUGAGGCUGGCUCGGUGGUUGUGGUGUUUGAGGAUGGGACCGAAUGGCUGCCGCCACUGAUCCCUGCCGAUCUCGCGAAGUUCGCUUCCAGUGCUGGGUCUGUGAUGUCCGUGCCAAGGAAGCCAAAGGCGGCUUCAAAUAAACCGGUUAAACCGGUGGCCGACUACUGCCUCCCCACGAUCCGGGCGAAGUUCUCGAAGCAGGGAAAAUGCUCCCCGAUCAUAAAGGUCGAGGCAAGGGCGGACAGAUACAAUCUUAGCUCUGCUUGGAAACAGCGAAUGCAGAUUGUGCUGAAGGGCGACAUGACACCCACGGUGGGAAUGAACAUCUGCUCGACAUUCUGCGACUGUUAUGAGCACCUCAACCUCAAUCAAGGGCUGCUGGACUUCAAGCACUGCAGAAACAACUUGAUCGAGAUGUGGCAAAAUGGCACACACGACUUUGCCGCAUCGAAGAUGUCAUGGGAGCUUCUUUCCAAGCAGAUGAAGGAUGCUUUCCCUCCGGCGCCGACGAUGCUCUAUUUUACCUCAGAGAAGUCGCUCGCCGAAGAGGCGGAUGAGGAUGAGGAGCCCGGAUAA